AUGGCAUCUUUUCCUCACAACAACCGGACGUACCAAAUCCUUGAGGCGGCGAGGACAGGCGGUUACGCUGUUGGCGCGUACAACUGCUAUAACGAUGACGGUGUAAUCGCAGUGAUUCGAGCAGCAGAAAGAUGCAAUUCGCCGGCAAUCAUCCAGGUGUUUCCAUGGACAUUGAGGUUCCAAGGUCCCGAGUUCGUCAAGUACGUGAUCGGAGCUGCGCAUGUAGCAAAAGUGCCAAUUGCUGUGCACCUCGACCAUUGCAUUGAGCCAGAGGAUGUCAAGACGGCUCUGGAACUCCCUUUCGAUUCCAUCAUGAUUGACGCAUCGAUACACGAUGAGGCAGAGAACAAGCGACAAUGCAAAGCGACUGUAGAGAUUGCAAACGCGAAAGGCAUUGCAAUUGAGGCAGAGAUGGGUCGAUUGGAAGGCGGAGAGGAUGGCUUGCCCACUGUAGACCUUGAAACGAUCUUCACUCGACCCGAACUUGCGAGAGAAUUCGUCAAAGAAACCGGUGUGCAGUUUCUCGCUCCGUCGUUUGGCAACAUUCACGGAAAUUACGGACCUGGAGGGCCAGAGAAGUUCUGGAGGCUUGAUUUGUUGAACGACAUUCACAAUGCCAUUCCUGACAUACCACUUGUCUUACACGGUACACAUGGUGUUUCGGAUGAACUCUUCAGGACAGCUAGAAAGCAUGGCAUGGCGAAGAUCAACCUUAACCGAACGGUUCGCGAUGAAUACACAGACUUUGUAACUGAAAAUGCGGCCAAAUUGGAGCUCACGGUUCUCAAGAUGAAGGGUGUGGAGGUUUAUGCGAAGUCGAUUGAGCGUGUAAUGAGAGAUGUCCUGUAUUCUGCGGGUAGAGCAUAG